AAAACAUCUAUUUUCUGUUUUGAGAGUUUGGACCAGUAGUAAAUAUCACGCACUUUACGUUGAUUUGCAUAUAAAAAACGACCAUCAGUUAUUGAUACGAAGCACAUUAGUACAAUAGUACCCAUUAAUUAACAAAACAACCAACUCCAGUUUUCCAAGAUCAAUUUGGAAUUUUCAGCUAGAUUAAGUUAGAGAUGAACAAAGAGGAGUUAGGCUACCGGAAAUACCGCAUGGAAGGCGGUGAUGGCCCUUGCAGUUACAGGCAAAAUUCCAACUAUCAGAAACUAUCACUGGAUUCAGCAAAAGAACUGAUGAAUGAACUGAUUGAUCAAAACCUCGAUCUACGCAAUUCCUACAAUGUUUGUCCACUUGACACUUUCAGAAUCGCAGACUUUGGGUGUUCUGUUGGACCCAAUACAUUCAUCGCCAUAGAAAACAUCAUUGAAGCUGUCCGAAACAAGCACAAAUCCAUGAACCUGGAAUCGAAGAUCCCGGAAUUCCAAGUCUUUUUUAACGAUCACGUCGAUAACGAUUUCAAUUGUCUCUUCAAAAACCUGCCUUCUAAUAGGCAAUACUCUGCAGCAGGCGUUCCAGGCUCUUUCCACAGACGCCUGUUUCCUCGUUCAACCUUACAUUUUGCUCAUUGCUCCACUUCAUUGCAGUGGCUUUCUAAGGUUCCUGAAGAAGUCACAGAUAAGAACUCUCCGGCGUGGAACGAGGGCAGAAUCCAUUACGGCGGAGCUGCAAAAGAAGUGAAAGAAGCAUAUUUCAUUCAGUAUGGAAAAGACUUGGAUUCUUUCCUCAGCGCCAGAGCACAAGAGCUUGUUCCAGGUGGACUAAUGGCACUUAUUAUCAUGGGAUUUCCAGAAGAAGCCCAGCUUUCAGAAUCCAUCCUGGGAGAAACGUUUAAGACUCUUGGUUCCUGCCUUCAAGACAUGGCCACAGAGGGGAUCAUUGAGGAAGAAACCGUGGAUUCGUUUAACUUACCAUUUUAUUAUCCUUCAGCAUCGGAGCUGGAAACACUGGUUGAGGCUAAUGGUUUAUUCGAAAUGGAGAGAACAGAGGAAUUGGUUACACCUAUCAAACGGCAAAAGCCUGACGUGCGGGCCGCCGCCCUUCAUCUCAGGGCGGUCCUGGGGGGACUCAUCAAGGAACAUUUCGGAGAAGGAAUCGUUGAUGGUUUGUUGAAACGUCAUUUUGAGAAAUUUGUCCAGAAUCCCAUCGUUUCUGAUCAGAAUUACAUCAAAGAAGCUCACUAUUUUCUGUUUCUCAAGCGGAAGAUGGAUUUACCAACUCCUUGGGCAGGCCAAUCUUAGUAAUUGACUCAGCUUGUUGGUUUGUUCGUUGCUUAUUUUGAGAAUUCGGAUUUCAUAAAUUUGAAUGCAUUUUCUGUGAAUUGAAGCUUGAUUUCAAUGUACAUGCCUUACUAUUGAGGCAUAUGAUUAAAAUACGAAGUCUUUGUUUUCCGUCGACUUUAUCAUUGGGAAAAGAAACACGACGACAAAGCCGACGACGUGAUUUUAUAUGAAUAUAUAUAUAUAUAUAUAUAUGUAUAUAUAUAUAUAUUUAUUGGGUCUGGCUUCUUUAUGAUCGGGCAAAAGAAUGAGGUGAAUAAGUCAAUUAUGUAAUUUUGUCUGAAAGUUUUCUUUCGAAGACUUCAUCAUUCGAAAAAAGAAACGAGACAACCAAAGCGUACUUGAAUAAAACUUCUCUUUUGUCGACUUAAUUGUCAAG